GAGCGUUUCUUUCUUCCUGAACGUAUUCAGCCUACAAUAUGAAAUCACGUGACUUGUGAAAACAGGUUGUAGUGCGAAAUGAAAGCGAUGUUAUCGGAUACGAGCAGCUAUGCGGAACCUGACGGCUUCUCAGCACUUGUGCUUCUCCUUAUUAUUUACCGAACGAGCAGGCGUCCUCCGGUAGUUGUACGCAUGCGCAAAGCGGCAACAGCGCACGCAGCGGAGCGUUCGGAGUAGGACUGACAGCUUCAGAACCGUGGCAGGUCUUCAGAAGAUGGAACCAUUAGCAGGACUCCAGAACCACCGCCACCCGAUUCUUUUUUGAUAUGGGAAACACCCGGCCACUUCACUCUGUAUAGGUCGUUCUUAUUUGACUUUGCAUUUUUGCAUUCGAUGUUCUAACGAACUUUAUUCAGCGACAUGGAGAUGAAGUUCAAGGGCCACCUCAAGCUCAGGAUCGGGGAAGCCGUGAACCUCAAACCAACAACCUACUCACUCCGUCACUCUGUUAUCUUCAACAAAGCACCCCCCUCGCUGGACCCCUACAUCGUGAUCAAGGUGGAUGAUUUCAAGGUGGGCCAGACGAUAACCAAGCAGAAGACCAACUCGCCGACCUACAACGAGGACUUCAGCGUGGACGUGAGCGACGGGAAGAGCGUGGAGCUGGCCGUGUUCCACGAGACCCCCAUCGGGUACGAUGACUUCGUAGCGAACUGUUGCAUCCGGUUUGAGGAGCUGAUUGAAGCGUCCAACUCUCAGGAGAGUCUUGAGAAAUGGAUGGACCUGGAGCCGGAGGGGAAGGUGUUUGUCGUCAUAUCUCUGAUGGGGUCGUUCACUGAUGAUAAGGCGAUGAAGGAGAAGACCUUUAAGCAGUUCACCAGGAAGCGGCAGGGCGCGGUCCGCCGGCGCAUCCACCAGGUCAACGGACACAAGUUCAUGUCCACCUUCCUCCGCCAGCCCACCUUCUGCUUCCACUGCAGGGAGUUCAUCUGGGGGGUGUUUGGAAAGCAGGGCUACCAGUGCCAAGUCUGCUGGUGUGUGGUUCACAAGCGAUGUCACCUGCACGUUGUGACCGCUUGUCCGGGGAUGAAGAAGAUCAAGAAGGAGCAGUCAACGAACCAGGGCUUCAGUAUCAACGUCCCCCACAAGUUCAGCAGCCACAGCUUCAAGGCCCCCACCUUCUGUGACCACUGUGGCUCCCUGCUGUGGGGGAUCGUCAAACAGGGCCUGCAUUGCAAGAUAUGUAAGAUGAACGUCCACAUCCGCUGUAAGGGCAACGUGGCUCCUAGCUGUGGGGUCAACAGUGCAGAGCUGGCCAAUAAGCUGGCAGAGAUGGGUCUGAAACCGGGUGGUAUCCCUCCACCCAAACCUUUGGAGCCGAACCCGCCCCUGGACCCCCCGCCCGUCGACGACCAGGUGCCCCGGCAGAACACCAGGAGGCUGGGCCUCUCGGACUUCACCUUCCUGCAGGUCCUAGGGAAGGGCAGCUUCGGCAAGGUGAUGCUGGCCCGGCUGAACGGGGGCGAGCGGGUGUUCGCGGUCAAGGUGCUGAAGAAGGACAUCAUCCUGCAGGACGACGAUGUGGAGUGCACCAUGACGGAGAAGAGGGUGCUGUCCCUCGCCCGCUGUCACCCCUACCUCACCCAGCUGUACUGCUGCUUCCAGACCUUGGACCGCCUCUUCUUCGUGAUGGAGUUUGUGAAUGGAGGGGACCUCAUGUUCCACAUCCAGAAGUCCAGGAAGUUUGAGGAGGUGCGAGCUCGCUUCUACGCUGCAGAGAUCACCUCCGCCCUCAUGUUCCUGCACAGCAAGGGCAUCCUCUACAGGGACCUGAAGCUGGACAAUGUUCUUCUCGAUAAAGACGGACACUGCAAGCUGGCAGACUUUGGCAUGUGUAAGGAGGGCGUCUUUGAAGACGGAGCCACAGGCACCUUCUGCGGGACUCCAGAUUACAUUGCACCAGAGAUCCUGCAAGAGAUGCUGUAUGGGCCGUCCGUUGAUUGGUGGGCCCUUGGGGUUCUGCUGUAUGAGAUGCUGUCGGGACAUGCCCCCUUCGAGGCGGAGAACGAAGACGACCUCUUUGAGGCCAUCCUGAACGAGGAGAUCGUCUACGCAUCCUGGCUCAGCAAGGAGGCCGUCAACAUCCUGAAGGCUUUGCUAACCAAGGCGGCGGCCCACCGGCUAGGCUGCAUGGGCUCGGAGGGCGGGGAGAGCGCGGUGCUCCGCCACGCCUUCUUUGCCAGCAUCGACUGGGAGAAGCUGGAGCGCCGAGAGCUGGAGCCCCCCUUCAAACCCAAGAUCAAAACGACAGAAGAUGUGAACAACUUUGACCCUGACUUUACGCAAGAGGAGCCCACGCUGACCCCCAUUGACGACCCGCUCAUCCCCUCCAACCACCUCAACGAGUUCCAUGACUUCUCCUUCACCUCCUCGGAAAUACUGCAGAAAUAGGAGUUUCUGAAGGACCCAUGGGACCACCUGCUCUGCUGGGAUCCAGGUUCUCUGCUGGGAUCCAGGUUCUCUGCCAGGUCCACAGACUGAGCAUAGUCCGUGGACCUGGUGUUCCACGUGGGCAGACUUCCAGAGUCUAAGAACUAAUCAAUAAGAGGAUACGACCCCCAAUGUGGACUGGACUGAACAAGGGAAAGGCUUCCUCAACAGAAACUACGCUCGCUGUUAUCUCUGUGUCUCGAACACUUCAGUUGUGUUUUUUUACCAUUUCCUUUAUACAUCCUCUAUUCAACUUAAUCUUUGAAAAGACAUGGUGAAUGCCUUUAUUUCGUGCGCUUGUAUUGAAUGUAGAAUGGCCUUGUGGAUCCCAUUGUUGGUGCCCGCUGAAGGAGAAUCUGUAAUAUCUGUGCCAGAUGUCAUGUCAAGCACCAGGAAAACAGAUGUAUUUAAACUGUGACCAAACUUGCAGUUUCUUGUAAAUUGUAGUCAUCGGUGAAUGGAUUUGCUUCCAGUUGAAUCCCAGGACAUUUUUGUGGGAACUGUUUUAUUUUUUGCCAAUUGAGAAGCCUGUUGAAUUUCAGGAGGCACAGACUCCUUAGCAUAUGAAAUAGUGUCACAUUUGUUCCGUAUGUAAAUACAAAAAAUGGUCUCUCUCUCUC